UUUUUUUUGGCCCAGACUUUUUUUAUAAUACAGAUAAUUUGUACGAGAGCUUCAGCAUGAAUUCUUGUGGCCACGUCUCUCUUUUCUUUCUAUCUCUUUUUUCUUCAGCAAUCAUCUUGUCUUAGAUAUACCACCCCAGCAUGCCGCCGCCUGAACCGCCGCCGCCGCCAGCCCCGGCAAUGCCCGUAUUGCCGCCUCAAUACCACUUUUACUUUUACUCAGGUGGUCCAGGUGGUCCACCAGGCGAAGGAAGUCUACCGCCACCACCCCCAGGAAGUGCUGGAGGAGGAGAUGGAGGAAGUGCAGGAGGAGGAGGAGGUAGUGCUGGCGGAGGCGAGGAAGAAGAGGAGAAGAAACCUCCACCGCCAGUAUACGUGCAAUCAGGUCGAACGUUCUCAGCACCUCGACAGGUCACAGCCAAUGGAGAGCCAGUGAAGGAUAACUGCGUUAUCAUGUAGCCUAUAAAAUGUUUUUGUUAAUUUUUGAUUUCCUAUGUAAUAAACACGUACCUGUAUUUGAUCCAUGGUCCCGGAGGC